CUCGCGCUGGGAGCUAGCGUCGCCCUCCAGGCUGGCUGCAGUCCGGGGGGGGGAGGGGGGCACGUAGCUCCCGGUGGGACAAGUCCCUACAGCCACCAGCACAAAGUCGAGAUUCUGCCCCAUCGGUGUAUCGCAGGGGCCAAGGAGAGGUGCUUCCCUGGUUGUGCUGUGGCAGCCUCCUGGAUGUCGGAACCAUAGAGGAUGCCUAUCCGUGCCCACUGUACCAUCUGCUCAGAUUUCUUUGACAAUCACAAGGAUGUGGCAGCUAUCCACUGCGGGCACACCUUCCAUCAGGAGUGUCUCAUCCAGUGGUUUGAUACUGCACCGAGUCGGACUUGUCCGCAGUGUAGAAUCCAGGUCAGCAAAAGACACAUCAUCAAUAAGCUGUUCUUUGAUGUUGCCCUGGAGGAGCAGACGUCACUGGAUGCAGAAAGCAUACAGAAUGAACUGGACAAGGUGAAAGCACAGCUCUCCAUGAAAGAGAAGGAGAAGCGAGACUGCCAGUCUAUCAUAGACACACUGAGGGAGACUGUGGAUGUUCACAACGCCACCAUCGAGUCGCUCCAGAAAGCCCUGUGUGAGACAGAGAUGCUGUGUUCCACUCUCAAGAAACAAAUGACGUACCUGGAGCAGCAGCAGGAAGAAACCAAAGGUGCAAAAGAGGAGGCCCGAAGGCUGAGAAAUAAACUGAAAACCAUGGAGAGGAUUGAGAUGCUCCUGCAGAGCCAGCGCCCGGAAGUGGAGGAGAUGAUCCGUGAUAUGGGAAUAGGGCAGGCAGCAGUGGAACAGCUUGCAGUCUACUGCGUCUCACUGAAAAAGGAAUAUGAAAAUUUGAAAGAGGCUCGGAAGGCGUCUAGUGAGUUGACUGAGAAGCUGAAAAAGGAGCUGUUUUCUGCCAAUAAUAAGCUGCAGAAAACAUUCUUGGAGUUGGAGAAGAUGAAGGAGGAGUUAAAAAGCACCCAGAAGGAUCUGAGUAACGCAGACAAGGAGAUUAUGAGUUUGAAGAAGAAGAUUGGAAUCCUGCAGGAGACCCUGAAGGUGCCGUCUGUAACCAGCGAAACGCUCAGCCGACUGGUCUUCGAAAGGCCUCCUGUGACAAACCUAGCAAAAAAAGUUUUGAAGGAAACAGUGGAGAACUGGGCAGGUGAGCCAGAGGAUGACCCUCUAGAAGAAUUCUUUCCUGCAUUCAUCAGGAACUCGGUUCUUUCCAGGAAGCCACCUGUGGGCAGCCUGCUGGGGCCACACAAGAACACGGGAGCUGUGAGAAUGGGGUAUGAUGGCUUAGGAGGUAGAACUAAGUUCAUACAGCCCACAAACCCAAUGGAGAUCCGUCCCUUAGCUGUAAAGAGCAGGAAGAGGAACGUCUCCAGGCCAGCAUCCACAACUGCAGCAGCUUCCUCCUCUGGCACCAGCCAGGCAAAACUGGACAGCUUCCUUCAGUAAAUCUGAAGGCUUUCCUGGUCACUUAGGCAUGCGUGGGCAGAAGCCUUGGGGCUUACCUACAUCUCUGCAGAACCAAGGCGCUGGGACCAACACACAGUGUCAAUCAGAACUCUCCCAUGGGCUGAAACUGCCCUUUCGUAGUUCGCUGUUGAUCCAGUCCAGGCUGACUACACCGUAAGCAUGGCGAGGCAGCAUGUGCCAUGUACUGCCAGCUGUCCUGGGAGAUGGGGCUCCUGGCACUGAGCAACCUGCCUGCCUUUGCCUGACAUGCAAGGUCACUGGUUUGUGCUCAAGAGCUCAGGACUCCCUGUGGGUGGGGUGUGUGGAUCCCUCAACUCCGCUUGAUUUGACUCAUCUCAGCCUCACUCCUAGGCAAUGCAGUAAAGUGUGGGACAAAUCAGACUUAGAAAUCUCCUGGCUGCUGAUUGGUUCAGGCCUGGCCUUACGAGGCUGCAUUUCCCCCAGGAGCCUUUGUUGGCAGAGAAUAAACAAUGAAUUUCCUCGCCCUGCUUCCCUGGUCUCUGAGGCUUUGGCACUUCUGGUGGCGAUGGGCCCCUUGGGGGACAAAGCACUCUAGCUUGGUUUCAGGAAUAUCGUAUCCCUGAAGAUGAGGAAGGGGAUCCAGUGUCUGUUAGCCUGUAGCCUCCAGAGCUGAUUUCCACGGCAGGGAUGGGCAGUCUCCCCAUGCUGGAUGUUUCAUCUCCAACUGUCCUGGCUAGUAGGGCGGCAUGGCAAUCCUCUCCCUAUCCUGGAGUCUUUGGGCCAGAGCAUGCCUGGUGCAACCCCACCUGAAAGGAGGAGUCUGCCUCAGGCACGAAUCUGGUUUUUAAUCUGAUAGCCAGGGGAGACACCUCACAUUGACACCUUACACCUAGUCAUGGCAGCUGGGGCCUUAGCCUAGCAGGAGACUGCUUUGGAAGGGACAAGGCCGGAAUCCAUGGCAGACAACCAUUCUGUGUUGCUGUGUCUGCCAUCCCAGCGGGUAACCAGCCUGCCGAUUAUCCAUAGAGCAAAACUGUGUGUGAUUUGUUGCUGUACAGUGGGCAUGCGAUCGGCACUGUACUGUUUUAUCUGACCCCCAAGCAGCUGCUUGGCAUGCACAGGUUUGAUGAGGAGGCGGGUCUGUAAUGAGGCAGUGGGGAAUGGGGUGAUCUUAGCGUUUCUAGCUCAGCAGCACCAGGAGCAGGUGGCCUUUCCCAGCUCGCCACUUCUGUAGGGCUUUAUUUUCCAGAAUCGAGAACUUCACGUCUCUGUACCAGGCUCUUAAAGGGGCAGGCGUCUAUGAUUUUCUGGAUGCUCUGCAAACUUUGGUUUGGAACUUAUAUUUUUAUAUAUUUAAUCAAUUUUUUUAAAAUGAUAUGAUGAGUUUACAAAUGCUCCUCUGAGAUGGAUCCCUCCCUACUGCUGCUUGAGUGUUAAAUACAAAUUACCAGCCCAGUUACACUUACUGGGAAAGAAAUAUGAUGGGGCUGCUGAUUGCUAGAGGAGGGCUUUAUUCUGCUGUCAUUGGCCUUAAGCUCAGUCUGGUGUCUCACAUUUCCCAAGUGGUUCUGUUCCAGAUCUUGCCCUGAUACAAUGGAGCCCUCUUCAAAUUGUGCUAUUUAUAAUGAAUUGGCUAGUGAGCAUGGCUUGUUAGAGAGCUGGCCGGACAGAUCCAGCAUUGGUACAGGCUUAUCUGGAAACCAAAAUGAAUGGAUUAAAGGCAGAGCACUAACUCCACUGAUUUCAGCAUCAGCAGCUGUUUGUGUCAGUGCCCAGCCCGUGCUGUGUGGGUGCCCCGAUUCCUGUAUGUCCCUGAGAACGUGUGCCUUUAUUAAAUAAAUGUGGUGUACAAUAUGGAGCCAGCUGAUUUGUAACCUGAGGUGGCUGCUGCUGUCUCUUCUC